CGGGUGCAGUACUGUAGUUGUCUUCGUCGACAAAUUACCGGUAUCAAUUGCGACGUGAGAAAGAGAUACAUUUUGCUUUCACCCUCGUGAACAGGAUGCUCGCGAAGCUGGCGGUGCGACGCGGACUCGUGCUUCCCCGGAGGCUGCAGACACCCCCGCCAUUAGCCGCACCACGUGUACUGACGACUUCUCUGAUUCGAGCGUUAUCCAAUGCUAGCAGUGGCAGACCGGAUGGGUUUUACGUGAGCAAGAAGGCUGUAAAGAUGACGUUGGCACUGGGUGCGGCACUCACGGGCGGGAUCUUGUAUCUGGUAUGGCAUAUCGAGUAGUCUAUCCAAUAUAUUGAAGUAGUUAAUCGUAGUAUUUGCGAUGAAGGAGCGUGAGAACGCUGAUCGUAAGAAGAUCAGGUUCCUACUGGAGCUCAGCCAGUUGAGUCUGGAGAAGGGAGAAAUCGAGCAGUCCAUGAGGGAGCGAAAGGAGGCCUACAAUCUACUGAAGAAGAAGUUUCCGCACGACAAGAGCGUGGUUGCAAUGGCCAUGAUGAUCGGUGCCUCGUACGAGAAGACGGAGCAGUUUGAGGAAGCGAUACCUUUCUACAGUGACGCUCUUGAGAAUAUCACGCUAGAAACGCGCAUGGUUCAAUGCGAGGACCUGCGGGUUGUGCUGCUGGAUCGACUUGGACAAUGCUACAAGCAAACGGGAGACCCCGUGGCUGCGGAGAAGCACUUUAAACAGGCCAUUGAGGCUUACGACCAGUUGAAGGGCAAACUCGCACUCUCAUCUGACUCCGACCUCGAAGCGAGCAUUCUCUCCAAACUUGACGAAGAUAUCCUCAACGUGUUUCUGCACUACACCGUGCUUCUGACAGUUUUGCGACGUCCAGACGAUGCUACUCAAACGCGUCGACGCUUAGCCACGAUAGCACGUGGAUCACCACAGCUACGCGGCCAAGUGGCGAGAAUCAACCGCCAAGUCGAUGACUACAUUGCGUUGGAGAAGAUUCGAGAAGAACGGAAGCUCGUGGAGACGAAAGUGGACGAAGAGAGCGAUUUUGUUUAAACUCAAAAGGCCAACGGCAACGUGAAGAGCAACAAUCUAACAACAAGACUUUCUAAAACUUUACUAAAGAAUUCUCUUGACUAUCUUCUUUCGACAGUACUAACGCGACGCCAACAGGUCGGAGCUGGACGAUGAGUGGCUAGUAACAGACC